AUGGUCACUUGCUUAUUUCUGUUCUUUGCCUUCCAGUUUGCGGGAGCAUGGACAUCCGGAAUAACCUGACCCGGUUGAAUAGGCUUGAGAACUGCACUGUGAUCGAGGGCCACUUGCAAAUAUUGCUGAUGUUUAAAACCAAGCCUGAAGAUUUCCGUGAGCUCAGCUUUCCCAAACUGACUAUGAUUACGGACUACUUACUGCUCUUUCGGGUAUAUGGUUUAGAGAGUUUAAAGGGGCUUUUUCCCAACCUCACUGUGAUUCGAGGAACUCAUCUCUUCUUUAACUAUGCUCUGGUCAUUUUUGAGAUGGUUCACUUGAAAGAGAUUGGCCUUUAUAACCUGAUGAACAUUACUCGAGGUGCAGUGCGGAUCGAGAAGAACAAUGAACUGUGUUACUUGUCCACAAUCGACUGGUCUAGGAUUUUAGACUCUGUGGAAGACAAUUACAUCAUUGCCAACAAGGAUGACACGGAAGAGUGUGGAGAUGUGUGUCCAGGAACUGUGAAAGGAAAAAGCAGCUGCCCAUCUACUGUAAUAAAUGGCAAUUUCAUUGAACGCUGCUGGACCCACGAUCACUGUCAAAGAGCAGUCUCGGAUGAUGACCCAGUUUUAAGAACACUUUCACAGCAGAUUUGACAAAAUGCAAAGAAGAUAUCAAUUUGAGAUUUCGAAAAACUAGCUACAGCACUGGACCCAAGGUUUAAGAAUCAGAAUGGCCUUUCAAAAUCUGAGAGGGUUGAGGUGGUGG